AUGGCAGACUCCGAAGCGCAUCUCGAAGAGGAUAACAAUGCUGUGUCGCAUGAGGAGGGAAACGAGGAGGAUGAAAUCUCUGCUAUGAAGCGGCGCGUGGCCGAGAUGGAGGAAGAAGCUGCAAAGCUUCGUGAAAUGCAGGCUAGUCUUGACCAACAGAGUAACGACAUGCGUGAUGAUCCUGAAGAUGUCGAUUCGAGAAGUAUCUUUGUGGGAAAUGUCGAUUAUUCGUCGUCACCCGAGGAAAUUCAGGCACACUUUCAAAGCUGCGGUUCCAUCAACCGUGUUACCAUACUCCUGGAUAAGUUCACCGGUCAUCCAAAGGGGUAUGCGUACGUAGAGUUCACAGAGCCAAGCUUUGUUGCUCAAGCUCUCGUCCUAAAUGAGAGUGUAUUCAAAGGACGUAAUCUUAAGGUAGUACCUAAACGUACUAAUAUUCCUGGAAUGACCCGUGGCAGAGGUAGAGGUGGUCCGAGGGGUCGUGGAUAUGGCGGCCGAGGCUACCCACCAAGAGGAAGUGGCUACCGGGGGGGAUUCAGAGGGAGCCGUGGCAGAGGAUACAGUCCAUACUGA